AUGAUACUCCUCCAGUCCCAUUCUAGAUUCCUGCUUCAAACUUUGUUGAAUCGCCUUCAAAAUAUUGAAAAAGGUGUUGAACUCGAUCAUCACUGGGUUGAAUUUGAUGAUGUUCGAUAUCAUAUCCAGGUGUCAAUGAAGAAUCCUCAUAUUUUCUUGCUAUCAGUAUCGUUGCCUACUCCAUCUUCAGAAACUAUUUUUGUAUCUGGACUACCUUUUGGAGCCAUUGAAGCAAUCAAAGCUGCAUAUGGUAGUCUUGUGCAAAUUCUUGAUCCUCCAAGGGAUGGCUUUAACCUCACGUUGAAGAUAAAUCUGUCGAAGGUUCCUGCAAAUCAAGAGCAAAAACAAGCACUUUUAGUAAAAGUUGCAUCAAUAAGGGAGGUUGUCCUUGGUGCACCACUAAGAGUAAUUUUAAAACACCUUGCUUCAAGAACUGUUGCUCCGGAUAUGGAUCCACUUGUUGCUCUUGUUCAUCGGCCAAAGGAGUCUUUUUUUGUUUUUCCCCAGGCUGACAAGGUGACUGUGAUGUAUCCUAUGAGAUUCAAUGAUUCAAUAGACACUGUUCUUGCAACUUCCUUUUUGCAGGAAUUUGUCGAAGCCAGGCGUACAGCUGGACUUAAUAAUACCCCUCCUUGUUCGUGGUCUCAUACUACUCCACAGGAACUGAAAGAAGUAUCUCCUGAAGCAUUAUCUGCUAAUGCAGGAUUUGUAUCAUUUGUUAUCUUCCCUCGUCAUGUUGAAGGCCAGAAAUUGGAUCGGACAGUAUGGAGUCUAUCAACUUUUCAUGCUUAUGUUAGUUAUCAUGUCAAGUGCUCAGAAGGAUUUAUGCAUACUAGGAUGCGUCGUCGUGUGGAGUCCUUGAUACAGGCUCUGGACCGUGCUAAACCAGAUCCUGAGAGUUCAAAGAAAACUUCACACAACAGAUCCUUCCAACGGCUGAGCCUCAAGGAGUCAAGAACCCGCUCAUUUUCAUAA